GGAUCUGCCGGCCCAGGGGGAGGGAGUGGGGCGGGGCCGGCUCGGUCUGUGCCUGUGCGGAGCAGGGGCGGCUUUGGAGCCGUGAGACGCGCCGGAGGAUGCGUCCCGGCCUCCCAGGAGGAGGCGAGUCCAGACGCCACCCGUUAACCUUAUCUUGGUGAAAUAUACUGGAUUGAAUGCAUGGAAGAUUGAAGUCCUCUAUUUAUCCUCCAAAGAGUGCAGCAGCACUGCAAACUAUAAAUAGUAAUGAUAAAAUCUCCAUUUUGUGUAAUAAAUGAAAAAGAAUAAACCAUGGGAAACCCAGAAAACAUAGGAGAUGCAUAUGUUGCUGUGAUUCGUCCAAAGACUACUGCUAGCCUGAAUUCUCGGGAAUAUCGAGCUAAAUCAUAUGAAAUUUUGUUGCUUGAAGUUCCCAUUGAAGGACAAAAGAAAAAGAGAAAGAAAGUUUUGUUGGAAACUAAACUUCAGGGAGGCAGUGAGAUAACCCAGAGCAUCUUGGAUUAUGUAGUAGAAACCACCAAACCAAUUUCACCAGCUAAUCAAGGUAUCAAAGGAAAGCGAGUAGUGUUAAUGAAGAAAUUUCCUCUUGAUGGAGAGAAGGUGGGCAGGGAAGCCUCUCUUUUCAUUGUUCCAACCGUUGUCAAAGAUAAUACAAAAUACGCAUACAGUCCUGGAUGCCCAGUUUUCUACUGCUUACAGGACAUCAUGAGGGUCUGCAGCGAAUCCAGCACUCAUUUUGCUACACUCACUGCUAGAAUGUUAAUAGCCUUGGAUAAGUGGUUAGAUGAACGACAUACACAAUCUCAUUCCAUCCCAGCUUUAUUCAGACCAUCUCCUCUUGAGAGGAUUAAAACUAAUGUCACAAACCCUGCAUAUGCUAUUGAACCUGGGCAGACGGAGAGCUCUCUACACAUGGGGUAUACUGCAUUAGAAAUAAAGAGCAAAAUGUUGGCGCUGGAGAAAGCAGAUAUGUGUAUCUACAACCCUUUGUUUGGGUCAGAUCUUCAGUAUACCAACAGGGUUGAUAAAGUGGUUAUAAAUCCAUAUUUUGGUCUUGGAGCUCCAGACUAUUCAAAGAUUCAGAUUCCAAAACGAGAAAAGUGGCAACGCAGCAUGAGCAGUGUCAUGGAAGACAAAGAGCGCCAGUGGGUAGAUGAUUUCCCUCUUCAUCGCAGUGCUUGUGAAGGAGACUCCGAAUUACUGAGUCGCCUUCUAGAUGACAACUUUUCAGUCAACCAGUUAGACAGUGACCAUUGGGCACCUAUCCAUUAUGCGUGCUGGUAUGGAAAAGUUGAAGCCACUCGAAUGUUGCUGGAGAAAGGGAAAUGUAAUCCAAACCUACUGAAUGGACAACUUAGCUCUCCUCUUCAUUUUGCUGCUGGAGGAGGACAUGCUGAAAUUGUGAAAAUUCUUCUAAACCAUCUGGAAAUUGACAGACACAUUACUGAUCAACAAGGAAGAUCUCCAUUGAAUGUCUGCGAAGAGAGCAAACAAAAUGAUUGGGAAGAAACAGCAAAACUGCUGAAGGAAGCCAUAAAUAAACCUUAUGAAAAGGUACGGAUUUAUCGAAUGGAUGGGUCAUAUCGUUCUGUUGAGUUGAAACAUGGAAACAAUACUACUGUACAGCAGAUAAUGGAAGGAAUGCGUCUGUCUCAAGAAACACAGCAGUACUUCACUAUUUGGAUUUGUUCUGAGAACCUUAGCCUCCAGCUGAAGCCAUAUCACAAACCUUUGCAGCAUGUUCGUGACUGGCCUGAAAUACUCACUGAACUGACAAACUUGGAUCCUCAAAGGGAAACUCCACAGCUUUUCCUGAGGAGGGACGUGAGACUUCCUUUGGAGGUUGAAAAAAAGAUUGAGGAUCCACUGGCUAUUCUUAUCCUGUUUGACGAAGCCAGAUAUAAUUUGCUGAAAGGCUUCUAUACUUCACCUGAUGCCAAACUGAUCACACUGGCAAGUCUGCUUCUACAAAUAGUCUAUGGAAAUUAUGAGAGUAAGAAACACAAACAAGGUUUCCUAAAUGAAGAAAAUCUUAAAUCUAUAGUACCCGUCACCAAACUAAAAAGUAAGGCUCCUCACUGGACCAAUAGGAUACUUCAUGAAUACAAGAGUCUCAGCACUAGUGAAGGUGUAAGUAAAGAGAUGCAUCACCUGCAACGAAUGUUCUUGCAGAAUUGCUGGGAAAUUCCUACCUAUGGAGCUGCUUUUUUCACAGGACAGGUAUUCACCAAGGCGAGUUCAAGCAGUCAUAAAGUCAUCAGAGUGUAUGUAGGAGUAAACGUAAAAGGACUGCAUCUCCUCAAUAUGGAAACCAAGGGUUUGCUCAUCAGUCUAAAGUAUGGUUGCUUUAUGUGGCAGUUAGGAGAUGCAGAUACGUGUUUUCAAAUCCAUAGUCUGGAAAACAAAAUGAGCUUCAUAGUGCAUACCAAACAGGCAGGUCUUGUCGUAAAACUGCUGAUGAAAUUAAACAGCCAGUUAAUGUCUACUGAACGAAAUGAAUGACAGCGAUGGACAGUGAUUAUGCAACAAUAUUUUGUGAUUAAACAGAAGUAACUUUGUUUUAAUUAAAAUAGAAGCCUUUCAUGUGCAUGAAAGUUUCUCAGAAUGAAAUAUGUUGUGAAAUUUGUAUAGACUUUGUACAGAAGCUGCAUGGGUUAUUUUUUUAAAAAGUAUAUAACAUCUAUUUUUAUAAAGAGAUUUUCUUCAAUAUAAGCUAUUCUAAUUUUUGAGCUAAACCACAAGAAGAAAGAUAUUGAGAUUAAAAUAUAAAAUAAAGUAUGUUCUUGUUCCUAACAGAUUUUGGAAGAUUCAAAGUGCCUUAAGCCAAUCCCUAGUAUACCUGUUAUUAAUCUACUUGUGAUGCUGUAGAAUGCAAUGAAACCUGUACAAGUAACAACCUUUAAUAGGCAACCUGCUCUCUUAAGAAUGCCAAAGGUAUUCCCAGAUACAUUGAGUAAAAUUCUUCUCCACCUCUAUUAGAAGACUGUAGGAUCCCGUGAGUGAUCCUGUCAGUUUCUCUGUGUGUUUUUAGUUUGAUGUUCAAUACAUUUUAUAGUUAAGACUUGAUUUAAUUUCAAGUUUAAUUUUUUUUUCUUAUGUGCCAGUAUUAUUUUAGAAUAUUGCCUCAGGACAGCUAUCAGGAAAUACAUUUUUAAAUCUUUUCAGGAGCAGGUUAAAUGUUUAGCAUAUUUAAUGUUUUGAAACUAGUGGAUUAUUACUUUGCAAUGCAAUACCCUGCUUACAUAAUUACUGCUUACGUAAAAAUUACUGGAUUCCAACAAAUUUAUAUUAAGUUUAGUUACUGGAUUGCAACAGGUUUGACUGAGUAAUACUUUGUGUAGUAGGGACUUGAGUUGUUUCCAUUAAUUGAGUUUUCAUGCUCAUGUCUUACAUGCCUUUGUUGGGACUCCAUAGAGUGGAGGAUUUGCAGGAUUGGGGAUUUACAGUGUAGAGAUAGAAACUGGGCAUCCAUAGAGCUGUUUACUCCACAGAGGAUUCGAUUCUGCUCUAAUUAGUGUCAGUGGGAGCAGGUGGAGGCCCUAAUAUGAUCUUGUUAAUAGAAUAUGAUGGAAUAAUUGUUUUCUUUUCAUAAUAUUUAAGAAGUCUGGAAACUAUAAUUUUAAAGAGACUUAGGGACAGUUUCUGAUAGCCUUUGAGGUUGUCAGAAUCUGCCCUACACAAGCAAAUGUACAUUUGCUUAACAUGACAGUAAUUAAAGUAAAACUACAACAUAUUUUAAUCUUCCUAUUAUAUAUUAAUUAGGUUUAUUUUUAUGAACAGUAUGGUAUGAACAUUUUAAAUCAUCAAAUGGAGUCUGAAAUAUAUCUUUGUACCACAAACUACUACCCUGUUAUACUAACCUCUGAACUUUCAAGGGGGUGCUAUAGGGUUUUAACUUCAUCUCCCACUGACUUUAAUGGGAAUUGUGUGGCUAAAACCACACGUAAUAUUUUGUGGUAAAGUUAAAUAUUUGCACUUGCCUCUAAAAUGAAAGUUAAACAAUUCAAUGCCAGGCACUGUAGCACUUUGCAGUACUUUCAUCUUUGCAUUCAAACAUCUCUGAAACCCAAAAUCAGUACAUUUUAACGAACUAUAAAGUACUCUGUGGGCAAUUUUUAAAAAUGCAUGCAGGAAAAAGUCUGUACUAUAGAAUUUUCUUUAAAGCCAUACCUAAGCAACGUGAGCUUCAUUGGCAUGCAGUUACUUGUAAAUCUUCCUAGAUUGAUUGUAUUGCCUUUUAUCAGAAGUGAAUAGUACAGCAGAUGCUAAAUUAAUGCACAGCUAUCACUUGGCUUUAAUAUCAGAAUAUCCUUUUUUAUAACAAGCACUUGUUAGAAAACUAGAAGUGUAUAAUGUUACAAACUGUAUAUACAAAUAAGUGUCUAGUUGCAUAUUUAACAAUAAAAUUAAUAAACCUUA